CUGCUAUUUUUUUGGGGGCUUCCUUUUUUAAGUGGAGUUUCGACCAUGAGCGAAAAAGGAAAAAGGAACAAACUCUCUUGCUCUUCUCUUUCGCACUCAAAAUCUAUCCAUUCGAUUUAAACUUUGCUUGAGGAAGCGUAACUAUUUAUAUAUCAGCUUCAAAGAGGUAUUUUCGACCAGGUCACUGAUACUGAGCAGGAAAAAGUCCAGCAUAUACGAAAGACAGCACGGGUUCAAUAAAAUACGUGAACUUGAACGUUGAUUAAAGAAGAUUAACUAUGGAAUCUGCAGCAGCUUCUUCACAAAAUCUGGAAUCUCCUCGAUCGUCGCAACACAUCAGCGACUCUUCAUCUAUUACUUCCAGCAAUGUAUUUGUUAUUAAUGCGUUGGAAAAAAUAGCAGCUGCAAGAGAAGCAAGGCGGAAUAAGGCAUUGAAAGAAGCCGUGAAUAUAGCACUCAAAACAUUAAGAGAUAAUGAACCACUACCAGAAGGUCAAACUCGCUCAACUGUCAUUUUAGCAGCCCUUCAAGCUGCUAUUGAAACUCGCUCUAUUAAUCUAAUGACCAUAGCACUUGACUGUCUUGGCAAAUUCAUCACUUACAAUUAUGUCGCUGAUAUGGAAGAUGAAGUCGCACAAACGCAAGUAAUGGAGAAAGUAGUGAAUUGUAUUUGCGACUGCUUUAUUGGUGAAGACACAGAUAAGAAAGUUCAAUUACAAAUUAUCAAGGCACUUUUAGACGCAGUUUAUUCAACGAGUAAUCCACUACACUUAUCAGCUUUAUUGAAGGCAGUGAGGACAACUUACAAUAUUUUUUUGCUAUCACGUAAUAAUGAUAAUCAAAAUGUUGCGCAAAUUACUAUGACACAAAUGGUCGACCACAUCUUUAGACGAGUCAAAUUACAUCCAAAUUCACAUGAACAACUUGAAGCAGCCUUAUCAAAGGUGGAAUACAAAAAUGAAGUUGAAGGGAUAUCAAAAAGCGACGUUGAUACGGCAAGUCAAAAAGAUAAUGAGGGCGAGUCGCAGAAUAAUAAUAAAAUGGAGAAAGGCGAAGCAUCAGCAGGUUCCGCUGAUGAAAAGGUACAAAGAAAGAGUGGUGAGAGCGACAGGAAUAUGGAGGAAGGAAAUGAAAGGGACCGCAAUAGUGAAGAACCAAAUGAGGAAAAGAUGAACGAUGUUGGUUCAAUGGCAGCAGAACCACUUCCAGUAGAAACUGCAGAUUAUCAACAGCAGAUUAUUGUAGAAGCAAAUAUGGCGCGUACAGAAAUGGAUCACAAACUGCCAAGCGGUAAAAACAAGGACAACUAUCAAGAUUUCCUCAAUGACACCGCCAUCGUCUUUGAAGAAGAGAACAAAUCAGUCGAAGGAAUUUCAGACAAUAAGCAGCCACACAAUAUUGCUUCAACCAAUGAUACAACAAUAUCGAAUAUGUAUAGUUUUGUUACAGAAGAGUCAGGAGUAUCAACAGAAAGUCAGAGUAAUCAAACCGGUCCAGCUGAAACAGAAGCUGAUCUAUACAUUAAAGAUGCCAUUUUGGUUUUCAGAGCACUUUGCAAACUCUCUAAGAAGCCCAUUCAAUCAGAAUGGGGAAACGACAUGAGAUCAUAUUCUAUGCGUUCAAAGUUGCUUUCAUUACAUUUAAUCAAAACAAUCAUUGUAGCUCAUAUGGAUGUGUUCACUUCUGAAGAUGUGUUCUUCUCAGUAGCGGUUAGAAACCCCAGUGGACAUAAAGCCAAUCCUUUUAUUUUGGAAGUAAAGCAGUAUCUCUGUCCUAGCUUGGGUCGUAACGCAUUUUCUGUUGUACCUCAAGUAUUUGACAUCACUCAGGAGAUUUUAUGGCGGGUUGUUCAGGACCUUAGAAUUUAUCUCAAAAACGAAAUAGAAAUCUUCUUAAAAGAGAUUGUCUUACGUAUUUUGGAAAUGCGCAAUGUGUCCAAUCAACAGAAGUUCUCUUUAUUGAAAGGCGUCUUGCAAAUUUGUGAAGAUCCCCAGACGCUGGUCGAUGUUUAUCUGAAUUAUGAUUGUGACCGUGAGGCAUUAGACAAUAUUUACGAAAGUUUAGUGAAUGUUCUAUCAAAAAUAACAACUUCGCAUAGUCAGCAAGCCAAUGGAAGAGAUUACAAUAGUCAUUCCGAUCCCAUAUCGAAUCCUCAUACCGGCCCCCACUCAAAUUCUGUUGUUAUACCACCACCCUUAACUACCGCUACAAUUUUGAAUACUGAUAAGCAGAAUGCCCAUAAUGUUCUACCCGAGUCUGCCAUCCGCUUCAAGUCGUUGGAAUGUUUGGUUGCUAUCUUGCGUUCAUUGGUCGCUUGGUAUACUAACAAUUCCGUCAGUAUUACAGCUAAUGGUGAUAAAAAUAAUCGCGCUGAUGAUGAUACACCACGUGAUAGCGAAGAUCAUCAACGACCUUCGUCUUCCUCAAUGACAGACCUUUCCAAUGCAUCUUCAUCUAGACUUGCUUCGACAAAUGCUAAUAGCUCCACUAUCACUCUUCCUAACAAUAACAGUAGUACACGCUUAGACGACCCUGAAGCAUUUGAAAACUUGAAACAUCGUAAACAGUUAUUACAAGAAGGCGUUCGACAAUUCAACUUUAAGCCAAAGAAAGGCAUCGCUUUUUUGGCCAAUAACAAUUUUAUCAAUUUAGAAGACCCCAAUAAUGUAGCACAUUUUCUAUUGCACACAGAAGGUUUAAAUAAGAAAGUUCUGGGUGAAUACUUGGGUGAAGGUGAUCAAGAAAACAUCACGAUCAUGCAUGCUUUUGUUGAUGAAAUGGACUUCACCAAUAUGGAGUUCAUUGAUGCCCUUCGCUUUUUCUUACAAUCCUUCCGUUUGCCUGGUGAAGCGCAGAAAAUCGAUCGCUUCAUGCUGAAGUUUGCCGAACGUUAUGUUCACGGGAAUCCGAAUGUAUUUGCAAACGCAGAGACUGCGUAUGUUCUUUCUUAUUCUACUAUUAUGCUCAAUACGGAUCAGUACAGUCCCAAUGUUAGAAAGAGAAUGACAUUAGAUGAAUUUAUCAGUAAUAACCGUGGUAUUGACGAUGGCGCAGAUAUUCCUCGUGAGCUUCUUGAAGGCAUCUUCAAUGAGAUCCAGAAUAAGGAAAUUAAGAUGAAUGAAGAAGUGGAAGCCGCACAAGAGGCUGCAUUAAUUGCUUCGCCUUCUGCUACAGGUGUGUUAGGGAUAAGUGGGUUGCAGAACGCAUUAGCAAGUGCUGGUCUUACGCGUGAUGCUCGUCGCGAUGCUUAUCAAGCAGCGACAGAAGAAAUGGGGUCUAAAACUGAAGCUAUGAUUCGUAAUAUGCUUGCAAGUCGACGCCGUGCUGGUGAAAGUGACACUAUUACUUUUUAUAUUGCAUCCCAUGUCGAACAUGUUCGGCCCAUGUUUGAAGUCGCUUGGAUGGCGUUUUUAGCUGGUAUUUCCGGGCCUCUCCAAGAGUCUGAUGAUCCUACAACCGUCAAUCUUUGUCUAGAAGGUUUUAAGAAUGCUAUCCGUAUUAUUUGCCUGUUCCACACAGUACAGUCUGAAGAUGUUGAUCUACAACGGGAUGCCUUUGUGACCACUUUAACAAAAUUCACUUUCUUAUCCAACCUCAACGAAAUGAAAUCCAAGAACGUGGAAGCCAUCAAAACUUUGUUGGAAGUAGCCUCUGUAGAUGGCAACUAUUUAAAAGGUUCCUGGAAAGAAAUUUUAUCCACUGUGAGUCAGUUGGAGCGAUUCCAGCUUAUUACUAGCGGAUUAGAGCCUGGUAUGACCAUCGCUGAUGUCAAUAAUAAGAAAGGAGCGAAUGCUUCUGUGAAGAUGUCUAUGGAUAUUAAUCGUCGUACAUCAAAUAUUGGCAACCGCGGACGCAAUUCAAAUUCGACAAGGUCUAAUACACACCUAUCUUUAACCGAAGAAGUUACUUCUGCCAGUUCUUCUCAAUCGUUAGUUAUUGCCGUUGAUCGUCUUUUCACAUCAACUGUCAAUCUUAAUGGGGAAGCCAUUGUUGAUUUCGUUCGUGCACUAUGCGAAACUUCCUGGGAAGAAAUCGUAUCAUCCGCACAUAUGGAGCAUCCUCGUAUGUACAGCUUACAAAAACUUGUGGAAAUAUCUUACUACAACAUGAACCGUAUCCGUAUGGAAUGGUCAAACAUCUGGGCCAUUUUGGGGGAUUAUUACAACAAGGUUGGCUGCCAAGCCAAUUUCAAUGUUUCCUUCUUUGCUUUGGAUUCCUUGCGUCAAUUAGCUAUGAAGUUCUUGGAGAAGGAAGAAUUGCCCCAUUUUAAGUUCCAAAAAGAUUUCUUAAUGCCUUUCCGCGAAGUCCUGGCUAACAAUUCUGAUGUUGCCAUCAAGGAUAUGGUUUUACGUUGUUUGACUCAAAUGAUUCAAGCAAGAUCCCAUCAUUUAAAAUCUGGCUGGAAGACCAUGCUCUCUGUCUUCGCAACCGGUGCCUGUGAAUCUUCCGAAUCUAUUGUCAAUAUGACUUUUGAUAUUGUGCGUGGUGUAACCAAGGAACGCUUUGGUGAUAUCGUUAGCAACGGUACUUUCCCCGAUUAUAUAUCCUGUCUUGUGGAACUCUCCAAAAAUCAAAAAUUCCAGAAAGUCAGUUUACCCGCCCUUGAUAUGAUAAGAUCAACAAUACCUAGAAUGCUGGAAAUAUCCAGUAAGAUGACUUCUUUCGAAAUUAAUGACAUCCAUGCCGCUAUUGGUACUCCUUCACAAACUCCUAAUGAUGACUUUUUGGUUAAGUUUUGGUUUGCUGUCCUUUAUGGAUUGAAAGAAGUGGUGAUGCAGAGUGAUGAUAUCGAAGUGCGCAAGCGUGCACUUGUCUACUUAUUUGAUACCUUGAAGGAAUAUGGUGCGACCUAUACACCGGAGUUUUGGACAACAGUUUCUGGUCAAAUUGUUUUCCCUCUAUUCGAUGAUCUUAAGACAGGUUGCGUUGGACGUAAAAUGUCAGCAGAGGAUCUUAGUGUAUGGUUAUCAACUACUAUGAUUGAAGCUCUUCGUAGUGUUGUUGAUCUUUAUACUUUUUAUUUUGAGAAAAUGAGAGGAAUGAUGAGUCAGCUGUUGCAGUUAUUCAGCAUAUGUAUAACGCAAGUGGACAACGAUACUCUUGCACAUAUCGGCUGUGAAUGUCUCGAUCAAUAUAUUGAAGCUAAUGUCGAAAAAUUCGAUAUAACAUGCUGGGACUUAGUGACAGACACGUUCAACGACCUAUUUAAAAAAACAACUGCGAAUGGUUUAUUUGACGAUACCGCUGAUUUAGUUGAGAAGGUGCGAGCCUUACAACUAAAUGAACCAGGAAGUCAGCCUGAAAACGCGUCAUUAAAUAUAGAAAUCAGUGAAGAACGCCAAAGAAACUUCCAACAAGUGAUCAUCAAGUGUGUGCUGCAAUUGAUGCUGAUCCAAACAGUCAACGACCUUCUAUCGAAAGAUGCAGUUUAUUGCGCCUACCCUGCCACCCAUCUCAUGACUUUAAUGGGAUGUCUUGGACAUUCUUUUAAUUUCGCAAAAAGAUUCAACGUUGACAACGAUCUUCGUAUGGCAUUAUUCAGAUUCGGUUUCAUGAAGCAACUUCCUAAUCUUCUAAAACAAGAAACAUCCAGCGGCGGAUGCUACGUAUCUGUGCUAAUGAGAAUGUAUGCUAACUUGGAAAAUAUCAGUGACCGCGAUGAUAAACGAGACGAAAUAGAAAGGGUUUUGAUACCCCUUUGUAAUGAAAUAUUUAAACUUUAUGCGGAACUCGACCCUGAAACAAAACCAAAAAAUAUUGCAGCAUGGACACCGGUUGUCGUUAAUAUUCUAAACGGCUUAGCACAAUUGCAAGAUGAAGAUUUCUUAAAACAUGUCCCACAAUUCUAUUUACCCUCAGUUGAACUACUUGGCCAAGAAAACUUAUUGCCUGAGAUUCGUUUAGCAUUGAGAACAUUGCUACUUCGAGUAGGAAAAUCAUACCAUGUCACAGCAUAA